AUGUCAAAAAGGCCAAAGCCAAACGACUCCUCGUUGUCUCUCUCAGACUCAACUAAGAAACCUAAAACUUAUGGAGAUUCUAUUUCAAACCCUCUCGUUGUGGAAGAAGAACAACAAUCUCCUCGUACAUAUGCACGGAUUGAAACAUCUGCAAGCCCUGUUCAAAUGAACGGAGAGGAAGCCGACCGCAACGAGUCCUCAUCCACUAUGGAUAGGGACUCCACCAGUAUGACCGAUGCAAACCACAAGAAGAAGACGUCCAAAAAGAGGGUAGGAAAAACCCACGAAGGAACAAAACAUAAAUGGACCGAUGCCGUUGACACCAUCCUUAUCUCUACUGUAGCAGGAGCUACCAAGCAAAACAAACAGAUUUCUUGGGUACACGCCUUUCCUGCCUUCCAGAAAGCAAUGAAGGAGAAGUUUGAUCCUCGUUUAACACCUACUUCCCUCCGAAAACGUUUUAGUGCUCUCCUUAAGAAUCAUGAGAUGAAAAACUCCUACGACCUUCAAGAAAAAGGAGGUAUUUUAGCUCAAAACCUUCUUCUCGAGCAAGUGCAACGCAAAAUCAAAGAUGCUCAAAUGGGUCGAAUAGAGGAUAGUUAUGAGAAGAUUGCAAGGUGUACCUCCAACGAAACUGCUUUGGCGCUUACAUCCAAUGAUCAAAACAACAAAUACUUGCCUCAGGCGAUUGGAACCUUAGACUUCUUUGCCAUUAAUGUCAGAAACCUUUCCAUCUUUUAUCUCGACCGAUAUGGAUUGUUAGACUCUUCCCAAAUGCAUCAAGGCUCGUUGCAAGUGUUAAAAGGACUGGGUAAAAUCUUUGCCUUGGAACCUCGUUUGUUGGCAACGGAGGGUAUUGAUGCUGGACAUGUUGGAACAUACGCUUCAGUGUUAAAAAGUCUUGGUUAUGAGAAACCCAAUCAAUACUUUUUUGAGUGGUUUAAGAAGAUGUGUAUGGAUCGCUUCCAAAACGAAGAUCAAGUUAUACUUCCACAAGAAACAGAGUUUGCGGUGGAACCAAAAGAAGAGUGUUUUGGUUCCAUAUCCCUCCAAGACAUGGUGAAGAUGAACAGCACACCCAACAUCAUUGGUAUUAAGGUGGAAGGGUCACGAUUUGUUGGUGAAUUUUGCCCUGUGCGCUUGGAAGUCGUGAAAACCUCUGAGUAUGGCAGUAUAGGAACCAAAACAGGUACCUAUAACGGAUUUAGCGAUCAUCAACACAAGAAUUGCAGAAUCUUGUGUGAAGACAAAUUAAUAAGAAAAGUUGACAUGAAUCAUUAUUAUGUGACCAGUUGCCACAACAAACAGUUCGAAAAAGUGUCUGUUGAUACCAUGAAGAAGGUGUGGAAAGAGGAGUUUGAGACAAACCUUGAGUCGUCUUCAAAAGGUACCAUAAUGUAUUCAAGCACUGUUCAAGAUCCUGGAAAAUUUCUGAGACGAGCUCACAUUCCUUUUGAUCUAAAGCCAACAAAUGACAAACUUCUUCAACAGUGGAUGAAUGCUGAGAAGAAAUUGCUUGAACUUGCCAACCCAAAAGCUAAAUUGGAUGAAGAAUUGAUAUUGAAGUAUGUUAGUGUACUGACUGGAUUGUGGUUGGCAGACGGGAGUUUUCAAGAACCAAAAUUCUAUUUAGGCAAGGAUGAACAUCAGAUUUUCGAUUGGGUGUUCAACGUUGCAAAACUGUUAUUUCCAGAUAUUCCUUGUUCAAGAUUACAUGUUUUCAACAAGAUUCUUUACCGUGGAAAUAACACAAAGAAGGAGGAGGAUGAUCACCAGGUGUUCCAAGACCAUGAUGACCCUCAAGAACAAUCCUCAGAGGAGUUGAUGAAUCGUUAUCGAUCCAUGCUUCGUCAAAGAUCCGAGCACCAUAAUUGGUAUCAUUUCAAGAAAGAACAAUAUGAUGACAUUCUCAAGCAUGUCAUUGCAAUUCCAUACAAUUCGACAGAGGAAUCAAACUUGCUCCAACAUGGUUACGAACCAAUGAUGUUGGUGGUUUGGUUUCAACAUCCCAAUUGGAUUCAAACCAUGAGAGAGAUUCAAACCCUCGUUGGAACUGCCAAGAAUUAUCCUCAAUAUUUUUAUUUGGCACCCAAAACAUUUUGUCUUGGGUUUUUACUUGGUUUUACCUAUGGUGAUGGUUAUAAAGAAAAGCAUAAGAACGUAUUCAGUGUCAGUCAAAAAGAUAUUGCAGCCCUUCAUUUAUUAAGGUGGUAUUGCUCUCAACAGGGAAUGUCAUCGUCAUCAAUUUACCAAUCAAAGCAAGUGUUUAGUUUCCGUUUCUAUGGACCUGGACUGGUUUAUUUCACAGAUGAGCUUUUCAAAAAGAAGAGCAAAGAUGGAGAUUCUUCGUCAAUUCCUCGAAUGCUGUCUCUUCCUUAUCAUUACGACCACCAGCUAAUGGAAGAAAAGAUCAAAGUUUCUGUUUUGGAUCCCAGGGUUCAAUUCCUUGUUACAGCUAGAGGUGCAGUUUAUAACGUUGGAAAGAAUACUUUCAUCCACUACCUCCAUGACUGUAAUGAUGGUAAAAUCAUCAAACAUGCAUGA